UACAUUUUAAUUUUGUCAGUGAUUACCGUGUGCAAGUACCUGGUGUUGUUGUCGUUUACGGUCAUUAGACGUACCAGCUCUGGUCCGAGAUUACACGAGAUUUCGCGCAGUAGUGUAUUUUCAGAUUCAAUAUGGCUACAACAGCAGCCAAAUUUAACGAUAUAUACGAUCUCAAAGAGGAACUAGGAAAAGGGGCAUUUUCCAUUGUAAAAAGAUGUGUUCAGAAAACAACAAGCCUAGAAUUUGCUGCAAAAAUAAUCAACACCCGCAAACUUUCAGCCAGAGAUCACCAGAAACUAGAACGGGAAGCCAGAAUUUGUAGAGCAUUAAAACAUCCAAAUAUUGUUCGGUUACAUGACAGUAUACAAGAUGAAGGUUUCCAUUAUUUAGUGUUCGACUUGGUUACUGGGGGGGAAUUAUUUGAAGACAUAGUCGCAAGGGAAUUUUAUAGUGAAGCCGAUGCUAGCCAUUGUAUGCAGCAAAUUUUAGAAAGUGUAAAUUACUGUCAUGUCCAUGGGAUAGUCCACAGAGAUUUAAAGCCAGAAAAUUUACUGUUAGCAAGUAAAGUCAAAGGAGCUGCUGUAAAACUGGCUGAUUUUGGCCUAGCAAUAGAAGUACAGGGAGACCAGCAGGCAUGGUUUGGUUUUGCCGGAACCCCUGGUUAUUUAUCUCCAGAGGUUAUAAGAAAAGACCCUUAUGGAAAACCAGUAGAUAUAUGGGCAUGUGGUGUAAUAUUAUACAUUUUAUUGGUGGGUUAUCCCCCUUUCUGGGAUGAAGAUCAACCUCGUCUCUAUGCCCAAAUCAAAGCAGGGGCUUAUGAUUAUCCCUCACCAGAAUGGGACACAGUUACACCCGAGGCCAAGAAUCUUAUCAACAGUAUGUUAACAGUCAAUCCGGCAAAACGUAUCAAUGCCACAGAAGCUCUCAAACAUCCCUGGAUAUGUCAACGUGAGAGGGUUGCCUCAGUGGUGCAUAGACAGGAGACAGUGGACUGCCUUAAGAAAUUCAACGCUCGCAGAAAACUCAAGGGAGCUAUUCUUACCACCAUGUUGGCCACAAGAAAUUUUUCAAUGUGGAAACCAAAUGCUGGUCGAAGUCUGAUAGUGAAAAAAAAUGAUGGCAUUAAGGAAUCCACUGAUAGCCAAGCCACCAUUGAUGAUGAGGAUACAAGGGGAAAAGCUGAUAUAGACAGAGAUUCUAAAAAGAUUUUGAGCCACCAGUUGGGGGCAAUAACUCUUACUGAGCUGCAGAUUCAUGAGCAGAGUGGAUGCUCCUCACCCAAAUCACUGUGUAGAAAACAGGAAAUAAUCAAACUGACAGAACAGUUGAUUGCCGCCAUCACCAGUGGAGACUACGAAGCUUACAUGAAGUAUGUGGAUCCCUCAGUAACAUGCUUUGAGCCAGAAACCAUGGGAAAUUUGAUUGUUGGAUGGGAUUUCCACAAGUUUUACUUUGAUCAUUAUCUAUCCAAGAACAACAAGCCAUUUAACACCAGCAUACUGAACCCAUAUGUCCACCUGCUUGGAGAUGAUGCAGCCUGUAUAGCUUAUGUGAAACUUACCCAGUACAUAGAUAGUACUGGAUUACCUGCAGCAAAUAAAGCUGAAGAGACAAGAGUCUGGCAGAGAAAAGAUGGGAAAUGGCAGAAUGUUCAUCUUCAUCACUCUGGAAAUCCUUCAGCCCUCAACAAAUAGAACACAAAAUGAUUAAGGAUUUUUCCAAUUGUAUGAGAGAAUGUAUGUAUGGACAUGACAGUCCAUCAUUUUGUUUUCCCCGUGGUCAAGAUCGCCAUCAAGCGUGACUAACCAAGCUCUAUAUUGGGGUUACAAGAUUGAACACAAUGCUGACUUGCGCAUUGAGAGCCUAAUUUCAGAUGCUCAGUUCUAAAUGACAUUUUGAAGUUCUCUUAAAUUUUUUGGAGCCAAUGCUGAAGAUUGGUCACAUGUUUCCUAUCAUUAUGCUAGUGAUCACAUUGUGAUAUUUCCCUUUUCCAAUACUAUUUUUCUGUAAUGAUCUCGCAAAUUAGGAUUGCUAUGAAAUUUAAUUCAUUCUCCACUUCUGUUUGGAAUUGGCCUGUAGACCAUGGCUAUGUCCCUUUGAGGUAUGCAUUUGGCUCUAAGCACUUCAACAGUGUUUAGCAUGCUAUGAUGUGGUGUCCAAAUUUCACCACAUUACUUGGGGACUAUGGUUUACAUUUUUCUAGCUUUUAUGCAUGAAGAAAAACACAAUAUUAUUUUUAUAAUUAAGGGUAGUGUUUUAUGGUAGUGGCAAUGUAUUCAAUAAUCUUCAAGUAGCUAAAUUGUUAGUUACUAAAUUAAUAUUUUUUUCUGUACACUUUGCAAUUCAAAAAAAAAAAUUUGAUUGUUGUGGAUGUUUUACAUGGUUUAGAAAGCAUCAGUAGUUUUUCAUUAUAUUAGUAUCAACCUUUAUUUACAUUUAGUUUUGUGUUUAAUAUGAUAUUGUUUUUUCCUAUUAGUAGCAUUUUGUAUAAUAUCCUUUAUCAAGAGUUGUUGAAUAAAUGGCGUAGAGUUUUGAAUCUGCGUUUGAUGUUAACAUUCACAAUUUGUGCCAUUUUUCAUUGCAUACAAUUUAUCAGAUUUGUCAUUUAGAGAUAGGAGUGUGUUUGAAAAUCCCCAAAUAAUUUUUAAAAAAUUAUCAAACUACAGUAUCAAAGAAAAAUGCUUUACCAGAAAGUGACCUGAGGCUGUAAAGAUGCAUUGUGGUGUCACCAGUACUAUGUUGGUACUAAAAUCGAGAGAAACCGAUAGUAACAUGUCAUAAGGUUUAAAAGAUUGACCACUUCCCUAUUAGCUUUCAGCUUGUAAAAAUUGAUCAUCCACUGAAUAAACAUCAAAUUAACUACUGCCUGUAUUUACGGGUAAGGAAGACAUGAAACAGAAGAUGUGAAAUGUGAUAGCAUUUUAUUUGGUAUUUGAUGCAUUAAAUCUUGUGUACCAGAUUAAUUAUUUGGGGAGUUUUUAUGUAUUGUUUCCUGGUGAAAAGAAAUGCUGUAAUAAUGACCAAGAUUGUUUCAAGUCCCCAUUUGUGGUUGAACUAAGCUGUGCAAUAUACAUGUUAGGCCUCAUAUGUUACAUGUGAAAUAUGAUAUUCAAUUUAUUGUUUGUACAAGUUUUCAUGUAUUCCAGUUUGUUUGAAGUGAUAUUAUUUGUCCUUCACUGUGACACAUGUACCAAAUCUAGUGGUAUUUACAUGUACUGCUCUGAAAGUUAUUGUAUUCAUUGGGGGAGGGGCAAUGAAAAUAAACACAUUUUAGAUCAAGUAAGCUUUUGUAAAGCUAUGAGAGAGGGAGUAAAAAAAUCAUAGAUACUUAGAUGAAAUAUCAUUUUGAUGUUUAUUAAAACUACCAAGCAAACAAAACAGGUAAAGUAACUUGUGAAUGAUAACUAAACCUCACAAAGGAAAAAUCAGCCAAAUAUUUUUAAGACUUAUUACACACACACAAAUAUAUUUCUAUAUUCACCAAUAGGUCACUUUUUUUUUUAGGUUGUUAAGCUUGACUCAUAUGAAACAUAGAAAAUUUGAUUAGACUUUACAUUAUUGUGGAAAUUCUUGUUUCAAAUAAAGAGGCAUAAAAUUUUCUGUAAAAACAGUCAUUAAAAUUGAUUAAUGAGACAAAUGAUCGGCUGAUAUAAAUGUAUUACAGUGAAACUUCUCAAUAUUGCGGCCCCCCCCCCCCCCCCUUCCCCCUCCCAAUAACAGACUCCUCUCAAAAUUAUAUUCCUAAUACAGAAAUUCUCUAAAUACCACCCUUGAAACCCUGACAUCUGUCAGAUUUUUGAAGAAGAAAAAAAUUACCUUUAACAAAAAUAGAUAAACCCUGCCACAGUUAAUGAUUUUGUAAGACGCCACACAGGUAGAUGUUAAUUACCGACAGUUUAGUUGAAUAAAAUUAAUAAGCAACAAGGGUAAUGUGUUUGAAUUGUUUUCUUAUAUAUAGGUUCCUUAUGGCAUUAUCUUACGAUUUCAUAACGUGAUCUGUGACAUUGUUACAUGAUUAUGUCGUGGGGCCAGAAUAUGGUGUCAAAUUUUUCCAUAGGAAUAUAGAUUGAAAAGAAAUCUUUUAAAAAUCACAACAGCAGAGCCAAGGUGACUCAAGUGAGUGAUUUGGCCCAUGGACCUCUUGUUAGUGCGUACAUUUUUAGGUAAGUUAAGGUGGAAAAUUAAUUCAGAAAUUGAAUUUAGAUAUUUAUUUUGACUGCUCUAUGCAAUCAAGAGUGAAUAAAAAGUACAAUACCAGUUACUGUAAAUUAGAAUCUUGUCUUGCAGCACAAGUACAUUAUUAAUUAUAUGUAUUUAUGCAUCAGCAUUUCAAACCCAACAUCAAAGUGAACAGUACCCAUCCUGCAUUAUCUAAUUUUUUAAAAAGCUUUUGUGCACUUAAAGUAACUGACAGUAGGCAAAUUAAAGAAUUCCAUAUAGACAAAUUAUUUCGAGGAAACGUAGAUAAUUUUGAAAGUGAAGUUUAAUAUAGUUUUAUGAAAAGCGUAAGCUGUAAAAUGAAUGUUUUGGGAUUUUUUUUUUAAUUGCAUGUGUUAGAAAUCUUUGUUAGUAAGUCGAUAAUCACCAACAGCUAAUUUUCAAUAAACUGACCUUUUUUUUUCAGUCCGACAGCUGGCAGGUAUUGAGGAGUUUCACUGUACAGGAUCUUUCUUGAACAACAUUUAAACAUUAAAAGCAACAUUUAAACAUUAAAAGCAAAGUAGGUAAAUUCAUUUUUUAAAGUAUUUCGGAGUGAAAAUAUUCAUCAAGAAACUCUCGCAACACUGCCAUUCACUAGCUUUUGGUAUCCAAGUGUGUUUGACUAAAAUAAAACUUUUUUGAUCAGUAAUAGAAGUUUUACCACAGCAUUUGUUUUUUGUGCAAGUGUUUUAGAUCUUUAAUAUGUUUUGGUGUGAUUUUAAUAGUGUGAUGAUUGUAUCCUCUACAGCUGAAGUCUGUAAAAUGUAUGACAACACUGAAAAUGGUGUAUCCAUACAACUCACAGUUGAUUUACUCAUCAUUAUUUCACUUAAAGUUUAUAGUUCACAUAUACGUGUAUAAUCAAUUCCUAAGCUGUAUUUUCUGUUUUAUUGUAUCCAUAAUUUUCUUGUAAUUUUGAAGAUAGAUGGUCUGGGAAAAUCAGUUAUAUUUUACUUAAUUUAAAAUUUGAUCGUGUAUCUGUAAAGACUUGAACUCUCGCGUGACUUCUUUUCUGUUGGAUAAAGCUAUGGGGACCCAGCUGUCCAAUCCCAUAUCUCCCUUGAAGAAAGAACUUUUGUUUAAAUGUGUGCUUUUCACCAUUUUUAUCUUCAAUUUUUCCUCAUUCCUGAUACCUUCUUGUACUUUAUAACAUCCAACUUGAAUUUUUCCUUGGGCUUUCUAUAUUUUAAUCAUGUACACAUUUAAUAGAAUAUAUAUUAUAUUUUUCUUUUCAUAUUCAAGAUUUAGUGUGUUUAUGAAUCACUUUUUAUGAAUUUACAGAAUUCUAAUGCAUUUUAUUGUGAAUUGAACGCUAUGAUGUGUAUUCCACUUAGUCAUGUUGUAAAUUCUUAACUUUUUCAAAUAAAACUUUAAUGUGACUUUGUAAUGUAGUGCUUAAAUCAUGUAAUUUUUGAAAUAAACAUUUCUUAUGAC